UCCGGGAGGGCAGGAAUCCGGGGGGAUCUGGCGCCACCCCAAAACUUCCGGGUCUCUGACGGGGGGGUGGAACUCCGCUGGCUUCUGAUCUCAGUGAUCCCGGUGUAAAUCCGGAAUGAUUCUGCUGCAAUGGAGUCCAGGAUGGAUUCUGAUCUCAGUGAUCCCGGCGUAAAUCCGGAGUGACUCCCCUGCAGUUCCUGAGUCCAGACUGGAUUCUGAUCUCAGUGAUCCGGGUGUAAAUCCAGAAUGACUCCCCUGCAGUUCCCGAGUCCAGACUGUAUUCUGAUCUCAGUGAUCCCGGUGUAAAUCCGGAGUGACUCCCCUGCAGUUCCUGAGUCCAGACUGGAUUCUGAUCUCAGUGAUCCCGGCGUAAAUCCAGAAUGACUCCCCUGCAGUUCCCGAGUCCAGACUGUAUUCUGAUCUCAGUGAUCCCGGUGUAAAUCCGGAGUGAUUCUGCUGCAAUGGGGUCCAGGCUGGAUUCUGAUCUCAGUGAUCCCGGCGUAAAUCCGGAGUGACUCCCCUGCAGUUCCCGAGUCCAGGCUGGAUUCUGAUCUCAGUGAUCCUGGCGUAAAUCCGGAGUGACUCCCCUGCAGUUCCCGAGUCCAGGCUGGAUUCUGAUCUCAGUGAUCCCGGCGUAAAUCCGGAGUGACUCCGUUGCAAUGGGGUUCAGGCUGGAUUCUGAUCUCCAGUGACCCUGGAGCAAACCUGGUGUAACUGAGCUUAGCAUCUGAGUGUUGCUAUUUCAGGUUCCGCUCGGGCUGUGAAGUGUCCAGACGGCUCCGAAAGGGGCGUGUGGGGGAGACGCCAGGUAUCAGCUCAGACCUGAGCCAUUUUUAACCAGCCACUUCCAAGCGGUUCCCUCCUCCUCUUGCUUUUCCACCAGUCCCUGCGUCCCACUCAGCCGCUCCCAGCCAGCUGCUCCGGGGGUCGGCAGCGCCCUCCUGCUAGGGCCAGCCCAGGAAGGAGGAGGACUAAUUACUAGCAAUUAAAACAGCGUUAACAAGAAUCCUUAUUCUCUGACUAGGAAGGGGAAAGAAAAUCUAGCGCCGAUGGGCCCUGAGUACAAAGGAACAGGACCGAGAAUCAGCCCUGUCAGUGGUGAUGGCAAAUGUCAAUGAACAGCCUUGAUACUUAAUAAUGAAUAGAUCUAGUCAUAACUAGAACCACUGCUGUUCUUAAAAGGGGAAACAGUGUAAAGAAAAUGGAAUCUUAACAGAGAGAAUGAAAUAACACCUGGUUAUAACAUUACAGGCAUGAAGACCCUGUUGCCAGCCUAACCUGGCCUGAGGGGCUGAGACCAGGUGGAGCACGAUGAGACCCAUAAUCCUUUGCAGCUUCCUCUUGGCGUCUGUCCAGGCAUCGGAACUGGAGGGGCACUUUGAUCUAGCCAAGUGUCGCUACGCACUGGGCAUGCAGGAUCGAACCAUCCCUGACGAGGAUCUAUCUGCCUCGAGUGCCUGGUCUGACUCCACGGCCGCCAAGCACAGCCGGCUGGACACGAGUGACGGGGACGGGGCGUGGUGCCCGGCGGGGCCCGUUUAUCCCAACGACGCCGAGUUCCUGGAGGUCGACCUGCGGCGCCUGCACUUCCUGACCCUGGUGGGCACCCAGGGCCGCCACGCGGGGGGCCACGGCAAGGAGUUUGCCCGGACCUACCGCCUCCACUACAGCCGCGACCGGCGGCACUGGCUCGCCUGGCGGGACCGCUGGGGCAAUGAGGUGAUAUCUGGGAACGAGAACACCAACGAGGUGGUACUGAAGGACCUGGGGCCGCCCAUCAUCGCCCGCUACGUGCGCUUCUACCCACGCGCUGACCGCGUCAUGAGCGUCUGCCUGCGCGUGGAGCUGUACGGCUGCAUCUGGCGCGACGGGCUGCAGUCCUACACCGCCCCCCUGGGCCAGACCAUGGCCCUCCAGCCGGAGCCUGUCUACCUCAACGACUCCACCUAUGAUGGCUACAGUGUCAGCAAGCUGCAGUUCGGGGGGCUGGGGCAGCUGACGGAUGGCGUGGUGGGGCUGGAUGACUUCACCCAGACUAAGGAGCUGCGGGUCUGGCCGGGCUACGACUACGUGGGCUGGAGAAAUGACUCCUUCCCCAAAGGCUACCUGGAGAUGGAGUUUGAGUUCGACAGCCUGCGGGUGUUCACUUACAUGAAGAUCUACUGCAAUAACAUGCACACGCGGGGGGUGAGCAUAUUCCGGCAGGUGGAUUGCAGGUUCAAACGCAGCCUCCCCACGGCCUGGGAGCCCGAACUUGUCUCCCAUGAGCUGGCUGUGGACGUCAAGGACCCCAGUGCCCGGUCAGUCACCGUGCCCCUUGAGGGGCACCUCGGGCGUUUCCUGCAAUGCCACUUCCAUUUCUCCGGCACUUGGAUGCUCUUCAGUGAGAUCGCCUUCCUCUCGGAUGUGGUGGACGACGGGUCCGUUUCUGGAACAAGCCACUGGCCCCCGAUGGCUGGCCCCUGGCCCUCGGGCAGGGGUGCUGCAGCCCCCCGUGUCCUGGAAGACCCUGGCUCCACCCUUCACAGAGACACCGGGGUCACAUCCAACCUCACACUCCAGGACCUCGAGGUCCAAGGAGAGUCUAAAUCUGGCCAGCCAAUCGCCAAGGAUGAUAACAGCAAUACCUCCAUUCUGAUUGGCUGCCUGGUGGCCAUUAUCCUGCUGCUAUUGGUGGUCAUCUUCCUCAUACUUUGGAGGCAAUAUUGGAAAAAGAUCCUGGGGAAAGCCCAGCGGCGAAUCUCCGACGACGACCUGACCGUGCACUUGUCGGUCCCGGGCGACACCAUCGUCAUCAACAACACGAUGGGCUCCCAACGCCACUCGAACCGCUACGAGCGCAUCCACUCGGGGGAGACCGAGUAUCAGGAGCCCAGCCGCGCCCGCAUGAAAUUGCCCGAGCUGCCCCAUGGUGCCGAGAACUCCGCUCUGCUGCUCAACAACCCGGCCUAUCGGCUCUUCCUGGCCACAUACGCCCAGCCAAUGGGAGGGCUCGCUCGCCCGCCAGCCGACGGGGCUAAGCCAAUCAACACAGAUGCCUGCAGCGGUGACUACAUGGAACCAGACCCUGCCGGGGCCCAGGCCGUGGCGCAGAACAAUGUCCCGCACUACGCCGAGGCAGACAUUAUCAACCUGCAGGGGGUGACGGGCGGGAACACCUACGCCGUGCCCGCUGUGGCCGUGGACGCGCUGGCCGGCAAGGACAUGGCCCUAGGGGAGUUCCCCCGGGGGCGUCUCCUCUUCAAGGAGAAGCUAGGGGAGGGGCAGUUUGGAGAGGUGCAUCUCUGUGAGAUAGAAAGUCCCCAGGAUCUGCCCAUUCUGGAGUUCCCAUUCAACGUGCGCAAGGGACGCCCGCUGCUGGUGGCCGUGAAAAUCCUGCGCUCUGAUGCAACCAAGAAUGCCAGGAAUGACUUCCUGAAGGAGGUGAAGAUCAUGUCACGGCUGAAGGACCCCAACAUCGUGCGGCUGCUGGGCGUGUGCGUGCGGGACGACCCCCUGUGCAUGAUCACCGAGUACAUGGAGAACGGGGACCUCAACCAGUUUCUCAGCAGCCACGAGCUGGAGGACAAGCUGGGGGGCAGCACCAGCGAUGCCCCUACCAUCAGCUACCCCACGCUGGUCCACGUGGCGGCUCAGAUUGCCUCGGGGAUGAAGUUUCUGGCCUCUCUCAACUUCGUGCACCGGGACCUGGCCACGCGCAAUUGCCUGGUGGGGGAGGGCUUCACCAUCAAGAUCGCCGACUUCGGCAUGAGUCGCAACCUCUACUCGGGGGACUACUACCGCAUCCAGGGGCGCGCCGUGCUGCCCAUCCGCUGGAUGGCCUGGGAGUGCAUCCUCAUGGGGAAGUUCACCACGGCCAGCGACGUCUGGGCCUUCGGGGUGACACUCUGGGAGGUGCUGAUGCUGUGUCAGGAGCAACCCUACAGCGAGCUCACCGACGAGCAGGUCAUCGAGAAUGCCGGACAGUUCUUCCGGGACCAGGGCGAGCAGAUAUACCUGUCCCGGCCCCCUGCCUGUCCCCUGGCUCUCUAUGAGGUGAUGCUGCGCUGCUGGGUCCGCGAGUCCAAGGACCGUCCCUCCUUCCAGCACAUCCACCGCUUCCUGUCUGAGGACGCCCUCAAUAUGGUGUGAGCCAAGCUGAGCAGAGGGGGGGCCAGCCCAUGCGGACCCCCAGGCAUCAGCUUCUAUUCUGCAUCUCUCCAUCUACAGCUGUGGGUCAUCUGUGCAGGAGCUUGGGUGGGGAGCUGGAUUUGGGAACUGGAAGCUUCUCUACUGGGGCGUCUUAAGGGACAUCUGUCCUUGUGUCUGGCCCUACCUCAAUCUGUCCAUCCCUGGCUGGCCAGCCUGCCUGCCACUCUAGCUAGCUAGCUCACUUCUCUCUCCAGGCAUUCCUGACCCUUUCUAUUGAUCUAUUUCUUCUUCUAUUCAUCCUUUCUUCGUUCUCUCUCACUCACACACAUACACACACACACUCCAUAUCCCCCUCUCACUUUCUUUCUAUCCCCUUUCUCUGUCACCAUCUCUCAUCCCCUCUAUGUCUCUCACUCCCUUUUUCCCCAUCUAUCCUUCCUUGCUCCUUACUCCUCCUUUUACUCUUCCCCUCUGUAUCCCUUGGAGGGUUUUUCUUUCCUCCCCACUGCCGUCCUGCAGUGGGGCUGACUCCAAAGGGGAUGUGGCAGAACUGGCUUUGGGGGUCAGACUUCUGUAUUAUUUUUAUUUUGCGUGGACUGGACUAACACUGGGGAAAAAAUAAUGCCUUGGUCUCAUGGCACUGGGGUGAACUGAACACUGGAUGUAGGAGUUGCUACUGACAUGGACAGGGGAAGGGAGGAGUGGGGCAAAGGUACGGGACAACAAUGAAAUGGCCUGGAGGCAACCAGGCCACCCUCAGAGGAGGGAGACUGGUCUAGAGGGGCCCGGUGGUCUGCUCUAACAAAGCAAGAGACACUGUUUGUUCUAACAGUGCCAGAUCCCCAGCUGAUGCCAAUCAACCUCAAUGCAACUACUGCUGGUUGAUACCAGCUGGGGAUCUGGGCAUCAUUGUUUGUAAUUUAAUUUUUCCUUCCUCCUGAGACUUGGAGGAAGGAAUUGUAGAUGCCGUACUGUAGAGUCUGGGGGAGUGAGAUUUUCAUCGGGGACUAGUGUUUUAGGGUGCAUUCAUUUUUUGUAGAGGGAAAGAGGCACCACGCUAAAGGGCCUUCUCGGAAAAUCAAGUGCCUUUAAGGUGCGAAAUCACUAAUCACUUUGCAAAGUCUUGAGCUGAGCUUCUCAAAGGAAGUGAAGGUGAGUGAAGUGCUCAGAGAAAUGAAUGAGCUUUGAGCACUAAAUUUCCUUAGAUUUCUCCAAAAUCCCCAGUCAUGUUUUUGUUUCCAAGGAGUAAAUAUUGAUGACUGUGAUAUAGAUUUAAUGAUUCGGAUGUGUAUGUUUUUGUCUCUCUCCACCCACACACAACCCUGUCAAAUGCUUUUUAUUCAUUUUUUAAAAAAAUUCCUUGCUAAUCUUGGUAGUUUUUUUCUUUUUUACUAUUGUUAUUUGGAAACGGGAUCUGUACAUAUUUGGCGAGUAGAGAGAAAAAAAAGAUUUUUACACUAAUAUAUAGAUUUUUGUUGUUGUUGUUUAGUUGUUUCCUUUUAUGUGGUGAAUAAAAGCUUUGCAUUUUCUA